AUGGCUCCGACAGGAGGGCCCAAAAAACGCAUGGACAUGAUUUUUGAGUCUUUGUCGAAAGGUUACAAAUCUUUUGUCAUGUACUAUUUGGGAGAAGUACAACGACUCCGUCUCGAGGCUACUGGAGCUGAUCCAAUUCACUUGAAAGAAUUAAAUGAUGAGCUCUACCGUGCUGAAGAAUGUUUGCAGUUGUACGAAGCUCAUAAUCAACGACUAACGAAGCUUUACGAGAAGUAUAAAUCCGGAGUAUUCAGUAAAAUGAAAGAGAAAUCAUCCAGUAUCACUGAUCUUCGAGCAGCGUUCACCGGCAAGACAGUUGAUCGUGCAUCGGCUGCCGUUGAAAUGGAAUUGCAGAAUAUGAUGGGUCGAAUCGUAGUAGAUGUCAAAGCCAUUGUGGGCUUCGCUCGAAUAGCGACGGGUGAUGUGUUCGAGGUGACUGUGCGACAUGGCGAUCAAAAAUGGCGCACCAAGGGGAGGACACAGCCGGAUCGCUCACAGCGUUGGGAAAAGUCACAAGUAAUUCUUCAAUGCCAACCUGAAGCCCUAAUUGAAGUUAAGGUUGCUGAGGUACGCAUGUUCAAGACGAAGCUGUUGUCGGAGCGGUCUUUUGAGCUUUGUGACCUGUUUUCUUCCGAGCCGCAGCUUGUGACUGUGAACCUGAAUCAGAUAGGAACCAUCAAGUUGCAAAUGGCGAUGAAAGAACAAUGGCGCUCAUCUACGACUUUGCUUGACAGUAUCUAUCAGGACAUCAGCAAAACGAUACCAACGGUUGAGGCGCGGUCUCAUGCUCGAUAUGUAACGCGGUCGUCAUUAUUUCAUACUCCGAGCACGGCUAGUGAAGAACUUGACGAUAAUGUUCUUAUGAACAGCGAUCUGCACUCCGAAAACGACAGCGGUAUUGACUCGCUACGGCAAAAUUAUUCUCCGUUUGUGAACGACGGCACUCGAAAGAAAUUCACUGAAAACGGCGGACGUAAGGAUAACAGACGUGUCAAGCAGGUGAAAGAGCGUCGAAAGUCGCUGGGAGCUGUGUUGGAUUCAUCAGAUUUGGAGCACAUAUACUUGGAGAGUGAUCGCUUUUGGGAAAUUGCUGAAGAUGACACAAAAGUUACCGCAACUGGAAAUCCUGAAAUUGACAUGUGCUUGCGGUACCACCUCUCUAGAGUGAUCAGAUGUCUGCAGAUUUUGGAGAGCAUCGCACCCGAUUGCCCACUGGUCUAUAAAUACAGUGAUACAUUGAAGAAAUUGGAGCUAGAGUCUGUGACAUUGGAUCGGUUAUUACGGCUAACGAAAACGAUACCAGCCGUCCCUAAUGUUGCCAGCGUAUUAUCGGAAAUGGAUGCGGCUUCGUCAUUGCAAGAAAUCUGGAUGUCUGCCUGUUAUCCGCUUCACUCCCAGCUGGUCGUACCGAAGGAUGACCUUCGAACUCAAGUGAAGCUCAACAUUGCCCACAUCGUCGAACAGAACUACCCACACCUUGUGAAUAGAGUUGCUGACUCGAUUAUAAGGCUGCUGGCCGAUUGCGUCCAGGAUGAUACCAAAAUCGUCACCGUUUUUCACUUUGUUGGCAUUUUCGAAGGGCGACAAUUUGAACCGUACAUCGAGAAUCUUGGGCAUGAUGCAUGGAUGAUAUCGCUGCUUUCAAGUGGACAAGCCUCACGGAUCCUUCAGGUUGCUGAUCGUCUUUCUCGUAUUCCUAUAGUACCUCCUAUUGAGAGUCUGAAGCAAAUAGGAAUGAUCUUGGCUGAUGGCGAGGAGCAGAACCGAAAGAUUUUAGAGAGGUAUCUAUUGUCGGCAAGAGGCCAGCUGCUCUCAGAUCUUACUUCAUCAUAUUUGUGUCUGUUGGAAUCGGACGAAGAGCUUGCACGGCUUGGAGCUCUACGAGCGCUCUCCGUUAUUGGCAAGCUACGCAACAUCAGACAACUACGUUACAUCUUGGAACACGAUACGUCUGAGAAAGUGAAACGUGAAGCUGGCCGACUGUUGAAACGACUCGACUCUAAGGAUGUGCCUUCUGACGAGCAAAUUACUAGGAUAUGA